AGCUAUAGGUCCUAUGAUCAUGCCAUAUGGAUGGAAAAACAUCUCUGCACAGCCGGUGUAAACAGUUCAGGCUGAUAAUUUUGGAUUUGUUUUAUGACGAAUUUGCAGGUGCGCUUCCAUGAGAAGUUUCACGGUAGGGGUUUAUACGACUGCCAGAAGGAUCUUUCUGAGAUUUUCUACAACGGCUAUGAGAUCUACAUGGAGUUUGGGGGAAUCCUUGACGGUUGGAUUGAUGUGAUGGUAUCAUCACCCGAAUCUUCUGCUGCAGAAUCAGCCGAAUGGGUUGAAGAAAACAUUUUGAGUGCCAUCUACCAACUUUGCAGCGAGCCGACUGGUCUCCCAGGUGUGGAUCUGGUGAUGAAAAUUAUGCGCCCCUGCUGUUUGACGGCAUCUCCAAUUGUUCCACGGAGGUAUCGGAGGGAUGACCAGUGCGUCACAGAGGAAAUGCUGAUUGAGGGGAUGGAGAGGGAGGAAUAUAAUUACAAACAUUCCUGGCCUGCCAUUGGGGAUGAGCAGGGCCAGGAAAUUCUUCCACGAUCAUGCGACGAUGCUAUGGCACUAAUCAGACCGAAAACACUGGAGUGCCACUUCUCCGUUCAGAGGCAUGAGCUGCACAGAGUUUGUGAGAGCUUCAAUGUAGUUGACGGGAACUCGGGACAAAGACACCGCGAAUCUGGUUGCGAAAACAGUGCUGGCAGCGGGGGGGAUCGUUCUGAGGCACCACUUGAUUGUGACCAGCCCACUAACAAUGUUCAAAAGGUGGGUGAUUUGCUGACGAGCAGUAUUCAUAAUCUUGCUAGAAAAUCUGACCAAAUCAGCACUGGCAGCUUCGGCGAUUGUUCUGAGGCACCAUUUGGAUGUGAACAGCCUCCAAAAUAUGCGCAAGAGUUGGCUGACUUGAUGACGAGGGGUUUUCACGAUGUGUGUAGAAAAGUUGACCGAAAUUUUCGGUCCAUCAACGAGAUGAAAGAAGUGGCGAACAUUCAGAGGGAAGAGCAAAGAAAUGCAUUCGCAAGAAUCUGCAGUACUCUGUCUAGCAUAUCUGUCUUUGCCACUGAGCAGCACAGUCAUCGCCUACCUCAUCGCGUUUUGAUCACUGAGAGGACACCUGGCUCUUGCCAGAAACUGAGUUUCCUGAUUGGCCUAAGGGCAGUUGAGCUGCACCUCAUGUGCGAGUCCCGAGGCUGUUGCCAUGUUGUGCAUGGCCAGAAGGGGAAGAAGUUGCGUCUUCCGAAAGAGGAAAGUCGGCAUGCGUGGACUCUCUUCAAGUGGACAAUUCUAGCUGUGACUGCGCUGCUGAAAACCGGCUGCACAAUUUCCAUGGGGAUCCAUCAGCUUGUGCCAGACUUGGGUGGCAUCGUGAACUGGACAAGCUUUGUGAUCGGUGCAGUGGGUGAUGCUUGUUUGGAUUUUGUGGACCUGGAAGACCUCAAGCGGAGAAUGAAUAACGUUGGAAAGGAUAUGUUCAAGGAUGAUGGUCCGGAAGAUGGCAUGCAGCGUCAGAAAGCAAUGGAGUGGCUGGAGAGAAUCCUGGAAGGUGGGGCAGUCGACGAGGUAUGGGAAAGAUUUGAUCUCAGGAGGGUGAAGUACAGAGACACAGGCUCGGUAGCCUGGAUAUGUAGCUCCUGUCUCAAGAAUAGCCAGCUGUUUGUGGAGCCUUUUUAGGUGAAUCCAUGCCACUUAACUGACACAUGAGCCAUGUACUCAAGAAGAGCGAGCUGUUUAUGCAUCUCAGGUCU